UAUGUACAUACGUAUAAAUACUGUUUAAAAAAAAAAUUCUUUUCCUUACUUGUACUAUAUUUUUGUACAACUAUUGCAAUGAUUUGACAUUGGUGCGACGGUAAAUUGUCGCCAAGGAAUAUUUACCGUCAGAAUAACCAGAAAAUACUCUAUCUACAAGCUCAAUUGCACCGAGCAAUUCCUCGCAAACUGUUCGACUCCGAGCACGUGGACGCCCGAAACAGGAAACCCGCGAAUUCGAACGGCAGCAGGUUCCGUUCACCGCGAACCCCGGGAGGCGAGCGAUUCGCGUAAGGCGACACAGAUGCUGCUCCUGGUACUGGCGGGACUCUUCGUUGAAUUUUCCGUCGGAUUUCGUGGACCACAUCAUCCCAAGAGCGGGAUUUCGCAUCAUCAUUACGCCCCGCAAAAGGAUGGUUUAAAACUGACCCAGGACGCCGAACUUUUACACGACGCCAGCCAUUUGAAAGAAGACUUGGGUGCCUUAGCGGAUCAAUUGGAUCUCUCGAAAAUGUCUGAUCAGGAAUUGGAGUUCUAUUAUUUCAACUUCCACGAUAUUGACAAUAACACCAAACUUGACGGUUUGGAAAUCCUUAAUGCAAUUCUGCAUACUUUGCACCAACACGAAGGAGACGAAAGGACUGAAUAUGAAACAGCUCGGGAAAAUCUAGAAGAACUGCCUAGGAUUAUUGGAUGUGGCGGAAAGAAGACAAACAGCACAGCGAUUAAUUUGCUCUAUUAUCUAAUUGACAAUGUGCUUGAAGAAGACGAUCUGGACAACGAUGGAUACUUGGGAUACAUCGAAUACGUGCUCGGAAGACAACGGGAUGAAAAUACAGAAGCGAAAAGAGAUAAAAAGCUCAUAAUACCAUAGUAUAAGGUCUAGAUCGAUUGGCAUUAUUGGCUUAUAGUGAUUUCGUGUAAUUAAGAUCGCGAGGACCUGGCUCAGAGGAAAGAUUCAAAUUAUCGAAAGGAGGUUAGGUGUACGAAUUAUUCAAGGUAUGUACAUCUGAAAUUUAUACACAUGAUGAAAUAAUACGCGAAGACCCGCAAGACUAGACGUAAUUAAAUUUUAUUCGCACAAUUAUUAUUGCGGAAAACGCGAAAAUAUCAAAUUCAGUUUCGGGUCAAUGUAUUUUCCUGAAAUAUGAAAGUUUUAUACUUAUCGUUACUAUAACUGGUGAUACGGUAUAGAAAGAAAAUAAGUACGCUGUCUUUCUACUGUGAACUGCAAAAUCAGUGCCAAUCAAUUUAUUCCACGUAUUGGAGUUCGCUAGAUAUUAAGUAUGUACGUAACAUAUAUAUAUGACAUAGAAAUGUAUACACAAAUUUUUAUUUAUAUAACUGAUUAUACAGUGAUAGUUUUGUAUUGUAUUGAAACAGUUACGGAUAGUACUGUACGGAUAGAAAAUUAUUCAUACGGUCAUAUCAUCCGAGACGAUAUUUCAAUAGUUCUCAAUAUUAUCCCUUGCUAUUUCAAUAAUAUAUCAAUUGGCCGUACCCAUAUCUUUAGUAAUAAAAUAAACUCAAAUAUCUCUAUUCUGUGGAAGAAUACCAAAAGUAUUUCGGUUUCUUCUCAGACGUUCCGUGAUUAAAAGUUAAUAAUCUAUCGAUAGUCUGAAUUGAAAAAGUAAAAAACACAGUAUUGUGAAGAAAACUAUUUUCUACGUAGAUAAUAUACUUUUCAAUACACAAGACGCUCUAUAGCCUAUCGGGACCCGAUUGUCUCUUUACGGAUCGGUGAACAUUACAUUCCGAAAUAUAACAAAUUUUUCGAAUGGAAGUAAAAUUUACUUUUCCAAGUGAACGGUGUGCUUGUAUUGCACGGAAAAUUCAAAGUUUAUUGUUCAACCCAGACCAAUCACCGUCGGUUAUAAGAUUUGUCAAUACAAGUUUAUUUCUUUUAUUUUAAGAAAUUAAAUGCACGUUUAUGCUUUAUUUCACAAGUUUGCCGUCAAAGUCACUGAUUACUCUUAUUUUGCACGGGAGGUGAAAUCACUCCCUCGUAAAUUAUUCCACGAUAGGCAAUGGUUGGUCCGUGACGAGAAUACCUCUCUCCCAAAGAUCCCUCACCACCUGGAUCUGAAAGAAAAUAUUUUUCUAUUAUUACCACAUGUACUUCUAACUUUCUUCAUAGUUGAGUUGCCUUUUUGCUGAAUGACCACAGCGUGUCUGUAAACAGUAGACGGAUCUGUAUCUAAUUCGUUUUUAAAUAGAAUACAGUUACGUCAAUAGGUUUCGUGAUCCGUGGACUGGUAAAAUUGAGAAUAACGAAGUGAUUAUAUAAUUUCAUAAAUCAUCCGUUACCUUGCUGUCUUCCUCGUCCAGAGGUAAAUCCUCGACUUUGAUAUAAUUUGGAUACUGUCGAAUGAUUUCUUCUAUAGCGGGAGCGUGUUCCUGCGAUACCUCCAAGAACUGUGGAUCCAACUCGCGAUAUUCUUUCGAAUUCUCGGUAGAAUAAUAAACUUUGAGUCCGUCCUCUUCUCGCAGCAAUCUAAAAUGUUAUUCAAUAAAUAAUCAUUUGAGGUAAAACUAUGACACUAAUAUCAAAUCAACGCUACCCAGGCUCACAUACCUUAUGCAAUAUGCUCGGGCCAAUCUUAUUUUUGUAUCUGGUUCUACCUCAAUUCUGUUCACUACGAUACCACCCUUUGUCAUUCUCUCCCCGUCCUCGUAUAUCGAACAUGCUUUUUCUUCUUCUGUUAGCACUGGCGGUAGAAAAUCGUGGAUAUGCUUCUUAGCCAUUUCGUCAGCAGCUCUGUCAACGUCUAUGUAUUGGACUAGUUUAGAUAAGAGGUACUGUGUUCUUCGUAUAAACUUAGUCCUGUCAAUAGUGUCCGUAUCCGCAUGCGCCAAACCUACGUGCUGAAGAUAAUCCAGUGGCAAACCUUCGCGGAAUUCAACAUCUGAUGCAAUAGCUUUUUCCAACGUCACUGGGACAAG